AUGAGCGAAUCCGCAUGUCGUAUCCCACUGCACUCGAUGUACAGCGACAUGACCUCAAACCAAGUGAGCUCAACAUAUCAAGUGUUUCUACUGAUACUGAGUUUGAGUCUCGCCGGCUUUUCGAUAGCGGAGCCACCUGAUAUCUUGGUGGUGAUCCUAGCCUCGAAUGAGGAGCAUACACUGCCUAUCUUCUUCGGAUGUUUGGAAAACUUGGAUUACCCCAAGAAAUCCAUUGAGCUGUACAUCCGUUCCGAUCACAACCAUGACAACACUCCAUUCAUGCUGGAUACGUGGUGCGCGGCGAGGAAAUCAGAAUACGCUGACAUCUCUCUCGACAUCCGCAUGCUGCCGACGCAUUACGACGAGAAGGAUAUCCAUUGGCCCAUGUCCCGAUACAGGACAAUGAUCGAGCUGAAGGAAGACGCUCUGAAUUACGCGAGAGAGAAAGGCUUCGAUUAUAUCUUUUUCUUGGACACAGACGCUUUCAUCACGAAUCUCGAUCUCCUGAAUGAUUUGAUCUCAGUGAACAAGACCAUAGUUGCGCCCCUCCUGCAGUCUGCGUCCUUGUAUAGUAAUUUCUGGGGAGAUAUGGACAAAAAAGGGUGAGUCCCGAUUCUCGGCGCUUCGCAUUGAAGCAUCAUAUUCCGCUGCCUUCGCGAGCGGAAUGCAUGGUCUGCGGCGAGAUAUAUGGAGUAUCAGAAGCUUGAACACCCCGGCAGGUAUUACCUUCGGUCGACAAAUUAUACCGAAAUAGUUGAGCGGGGGAUCGUGGGAAGCUUCCCAGUGCGGCUGGUCCACUCAGCCGUUCUGGUCAAACUGACGGACGAGGCAUCGACAGCUUUGACGUUCGUUCGAGAAAAAGUCGACAAUUUCGAGAGCAUUCCUCAGGACGAUAUCAUAACAUUUGCUCGCUCCGCGCAGACAAACAACGUUCCUCAAUACGUCACAAACGAGAAGGAAAAUGGAUACAUGCUCCGGUCUCCGGAGUCCUUGUCCCAAGAGAUCCAAGAUCUUGUGGACCUGCAGAUAGAUAUCUCCCGUAAACAAGACCCCCUACCCGAAUCAACCGUUCUCAAGCCCCUGAUCAGACAUCCAACGCGAGAUUCUCUGAACGUCGACCGAGUCUACUUGAUCAAUCUCGAUCGACGCAACGACCGUCUGAAACGGAUGAAUUACUGCUUUGAGAAACUGGGGAUUAUGGCUCAGCGAGUGCCUGCCGUGGAUGGUCAGGCCAUAUCCAAUGAGAUCAUUGAGUCUCUUGGCAUACGUCAACUGCCGCAGUUCCGGGAUCCUCACAAGAAUCGAAACCUGACGUCCGGUGAAAUCGGCUGCUUUCUCAGUCAUCAUAAAAUCUGGCUGGAUAUCAUCGAACAGCGAUACAAUGACGCGAUCGUCUUCGAGGACGAUAUUCAUUUCGAGCCGCAUUUCAGAAAAAGGUUGGCAGAGACGCUAAAUGAAAUCCGCAAUCAAGGUCACCUCGACUUCGUAUACUUCGGGAGGAAGCGCUUGCUCAACGCAAGCGAGCCUUAUCUUCACAGAUCCAAGCAUCUAGUUCACGUUGAUUACUCCUAUUGGACGCUUAGUUACUAUAUUACGCGACAAGGAGCCCAGAAACUCAUCGAUGGAGACCCGCUUCCGAAAAUGGUUCCAGUGGACGAAUAUAUCCCGAUCAUGUUUGACAGGAAAUACUUCGACGCUGUCAAAAACUUCCUCGAGCAUCUGUUGCGCGAGUCGGCUGAGGACCUCACUCAAAUGUUCUGCGUGGACACCACGCGGACAGAAAACUCUUUGCCUUUGAAACAAUUUUACAUGAGUGUGAACAACAACUCACUGCUAGAUGAGGGCCUGGGGAGCUCCCCGAAAAGUGGAGGGAAGAACUGUUUUAAUUGUCUUGGAGAUCACCACAUAAGUGAGUGUCCGAACCCUAUCGACAGAAAAGCAGUAGCGGAGAAUCGCCGGAAAAUACAGGCGAAACAAGUUGGCUCGAACAGUCGCUUCUUCGAAGGAGGAGACCGGGGUGGUCGUUUCACGCCGGGUAAAUGGAGCAAACGAUUAUUGGAAGCCAUGGGAGUGCGCAGCAAUGAAAUCCCCCCCUUCGUGUAUCGUAUGCGUGUGCUCGGAUAUCCUCCUGGUUGGCUUUCGGAGGCGGAAGAAACGGAUUCGGGGCUCAAAUUAUUCGACGGCUCUGGCAAAGAAGUGCAGAACCUUUCGGGCGAAGAGGACGGCCUGAUUGAAGAAGAUGAUGAACCCAUUAUUCGUUAUGAUUCUGAAAAACUAAUCGGGGUCCCCGGAUUCAACGUCGAGCCUCGUCCUGGCACAAUCGACGACUGUUGGAGACUGGGAAUGCCUCCGCUCCAACCCCACCAAUCUAGGGCUCUCGCCGUCGCCAGUAUGAAUCGAGCGAGGGAUAAACCACCUAAGCCACGCAAGCUGAGGCUACCCCCUCCGAAGAAUUCCACCGAAAGUAAUCCAACUACGCCUACGGCGAGCCGGGCCUCGCCUCUGAAACGGCCUGCCGAAGACAGUAAUAGCACGGGAGACGUGGAUGACAACCCGUCAAGUACCAAAAUAGCUAGAAUGGGAGAAGUUGAGGAAUCAGGUCCGGAAAUCGUGGCAAAAUUGUCAGUAACUCCUUCGAAACCCAUGGUGGGCACCCCGAUCCCAGAGCCGAUAUCGAGAGUCGAGACCUUGCCUUCAGCGGAAAAAUGGAGUGAAGGCGUAGCAGAGCACAUCCCGUAUGAGAAUCUACCCGGAGCUGUCGGGACCUUCGAGAAGAUGCGAGGUCUCUUGCUGAAAAUCAAGGAUCUCAAGAAAGCCGAUUGAGACUCACUCCAUCGAUUGUGGAGUUCAAGCCUCCGAUUGGAUAGGCUUCGGGCAUUAUUUUAUACCAGACCCUGAAGACUUCAAUGUAUGGCGAGAGCUGUUCCGCCGCGUUGUUGAGCGGAAGCACCAAAUCCCAAUUGUAUAUAUAGGUACAAAAUUUUGUGAAAGUAAAUAAA